AUGGCACCAACGCAACCUCGCACCCUCGAAGGCAAAGUCGCCAUAGUGACAGGCUCGACACGAGGCAUCGGCCGCUCCAUCGCCCUCGAUUUGGCCGCCCGCGGCGCCAAAGUGACCAUCACCUACACAAGCGACAAGUCUCAGUCAGCAGCCAAAGAGCUCAUCUCCGAGAUCAAAACUUCAGCCAACAGCGACGCCGUCGCUGUGCAAGCCGAUCUUCGGGACACUGCCUCCCCAAGGAAGAUCGUCGACGAGACUGUCAAAGCUUUCGGCAAGGACAUCGACAUCCUCGUCAACAAUGCCGCCGAGUUCGCCUCCGUUCCAUUGCAAGACAUCACUCUCGAACACUACGACUCCAUCCUGAACCUCAAUCUCCGGGCUCCCCUUUUGAUGCUGCAAGCCGUCCUUCCUCACCUCCGCCGCCCUGGCCGAAUCAUCAACCUUUCCUCCGUCGGCGCUCGAGGCGGCUACCCAGGAGUAUCGAUGUACGCCGCCUCCAAAGGCGCUUUGGAGGCCAUGAGCCGCACUUGGGCGACGGAGCUGGGCGGCGAUGGAACCACGGUGAAUUGUGUCAAUCCUGGACCGGUACAGACGGAGAUGUUCGAUGCCGUUGAUCCGGAGAUUGUCAAGCCUCAAUUGGAAGCAACCGCUGUGGAAAAGAGAGUUGCGAAGACUGAGGAGAUUGCGGAGAUUGUCGGGUUCUUGGCGGAGGGAAGGAGUAGCUGGGUAUCGGGGCAGUGCAUUGGUGCCAGUGGAGGGUUACAGAUGUACUGA